AUUGAGUGCUCUAUAAUAUGUAUACUCACUUUAAUUAAUUUACUAUAUUUAGAACAAAAACCAGAGUUAAACCCAAUGCCAAAAGGUAGGUUAUUUGGUUUUGGCAUUGGGUGAGAAAAUACUUCAUACACAGAAGGAAAAAAUGUACUACUUUUUAUUUAUAUACGUAUAUUUUUAUUUUACUUCUUGUUAUAUUUUCUGUGUUAAAUCUCUACUAGGGUAUGCGAAGUUUUCACAAUAAAUGCUGUUUCGGGAAUUAUCACUGUGUAUGAUCUGGCUGGUAAAAAUAAGAACAAAAUCUAAUUUGGUGGAAAUUCAUCGACGGUGUCUCUCUCUACAGUCCUCAUUUCUCAAAUAGGGCAACCAAUCGUAUCUCUCUUUUUAAUCUGAAUUCUAUCUAUGUAUCUGUAUACAGUUCUCAUUUCUCAAAUAGGGUAAGCAAUCGUAUCUCUCUUAUUAAUCUGAAUUCUAUCUAUGCAUCUGUAUAUCUAUGUACAGUCUUUGAUUUGUACUUUGCAUGGAAGUGAUUUUAAUCAUUAAGUGUGUUUUUUAGAUUUGCAUUGAUGAUGAUAAGGGCUUUCUAGGGUUUGGUCUGAUAUACUGAAUUUGGGUACUGUAGAUGUGAAAUCUCGAGUUUUCCAGAUUCUGAUUGAUGGGUUUGGUUAAUUUUGCUCUUUGCAAGUAAGAUUGAGUAGUUAACACUUGAGCAUUUUCUGCUUUCUUGAGUUUUGGAUUCCAUUCUGGUUUGUUCAGUCCAUACAAUGUAUCUCAUGACAAAGUUUUCUAUUAGUGGUUGAAGAGACAGAGGGUUUUUAUAUUAUCAUUUUCUCUGUAUUUGUUUCAUGAUCACUGAAAUUGGAUAGGAAUGACUAAUGCGGAUGGUGUGCCAACUACUGUUCCUUGUGCUUUUCAGAAGAUCGGUAUUUUUAGUUAGUCCAUUUUCAUAACAGUUGGUCAUUAAUGCAGAUGGUGAUCAAAGUACUGUGUUUUGAAUUUCUUAUCACCAAUUUAUUCGUGUUUUUCAAAGUUCGGUAUUUAGUUGGUUUGUUUUCAUAACGGUUGGUCAUUAAGAAGGUUUUUGGCAUUCUAGUUAGUCAAUUACAUGAUUACCUUUUUAAUUUUGUCGGUUGUUCAUUAAGAAUUUUUCGGCAUGAGGAUAGAUACAAAUCUAUGGGUUUCGUAAAUAGAAACAUGCAUUUAAUUGUGUUUCAUUUGAUUGUUAUGGUUAUGACUAACAAAAAUGACCUGAUUAUGCGCCAAUAAUGUUUUGAUCAAAUAGUGUUCUGUGAUUUCUUACCACCUAUUAAUCUGGGGAUUUUUAAAGUUCGGUAUUCUAGUUAAUCGAUUAUGAUCAUUAUCUUUAUAGUUUUGUCGUUUGCUCAUUACAAGGAGAGAUGAACCUUUGGAUUUGGUAAAUAGAAAGAUGUAUUUAUUUGUUAUUUGAUUUUAUCGUUGUGAUUAUGAGACUAACAAUGACCUAAUUAUAUGCUGAUAACUUCUUGUCGUUAUUCUCCUUUUUUGCCAAAAGUGGGUUUUUAUUGUCAAUUCAUUAUUGUGGUGUAUUAGUGCUUGCACACAGACAGAAGCAGCUCGAGUGCCAAGAAAAUAAGACUUUGCCUAAGGCCUUGCACAGUAAGAGGCCCCACUUUUAUGUCUUUUAAUAUUAUAAAAAUAAAUUGCGAUCACACUAAUAGUUAAAAAAGUAAGGAAAGCUUUCUUAAUCUUCAAUGUUUUCUAAAAGAUUAUAUUGUUGGUUUAAAUUGGUUUUGGGAAUUGAAAGUUCUAAACUUUAACUUAAUUAGUAUUUUUGCAUUUCAACAUAAAAGAAAUGUAUUUCAAAAAAAAUAUAAAAAGGCCUCAUUUAAGUUUUUUAUGCCUUAGGUGAACAAACUUGAGCCACCUCUGCACACGGGAGGAACAUAAGAAUUACACAAGAAACAGAGAGUGCAAAACAUUGAAGAAAUGGAGUGUAAUAAGAAUGAUGCUGCGAGAGCUAAAGAAAUUGCAGAGCAGAAGUUGAAAGAGAGAGACUUUGCUGGAGCCAAAAAAUUUGCUUUGAAAGCUCAAAAAUUGUUUCCCCUGCUUGAGGGUCUUCCUCAAUUCAUGGCAACCCUUGAUGUGUACAUUUCUGCUGAGAAAAAGAUAAACGGUGAAGUAGACUGGUAUGGGGUUCUAGGCGUGAAUCCCUUGGCUGAUAAUGAAACGUUGAGGAGACACUACAGGAAAUUGUAUCGCAGUCUUCACCCUGACAAGUCAGUGGGGGUUAAAGGGGCCUUCAAAAUUAUCGCUGAAGCAUUGAGUUUGUUGUCUGAUAAGGCUAAGAGAGAAGCAUAUGAUCAGAAACGGAAUCUAAGCGGUAUAACUGGGAAUUCAUCAACACCAACCAACAAUGAUGAUUCCAGUGUAAAGGAUCAGAAGAGUGCUGCUAGUCCCCGACUUAUUCCAAUUGCACCCCGUCCAUCAAAACCAAACACAUUUUGGACUGCAUGCAACCGAUGUAAGAUCCAAUAUGAGCAUUUAAGAGAUUACCUCAAUCAAAAAGUUCGCUGUCCAAACUGUCAUGAACCCUGUUAUGCUGUUGAGAUGCCUGCCCCACCCAAAAAUGGUCCGAAUCCAACCACCUCAUGGCCCUUCUACCAGCAGCAGCAGCAGCAAAAUGUAAACCGUCAUAUGACAAACAACACAUCUGCUUCAAAUAUGUUAAAACUGGGGUCUGCAGGCGUUGGUUCAAUCAAAAGUCCAAACAUUGCUUCUAUGAAAAUGAGUGCCAGGUUAGCUUCCAAUGCUGGUUCCACUUCUGGACCUAUGAAAAAGAGUCGCAUUCAGGUGAAUGUUACUGGAAGAGAGAUGCUUAAUCAAAUGGCAAUGCCUAAUCAGAAGGUUUGCUUGGGAACAGCAAGCCUUAACACUUCAGGAACUGUUAAGAAUAACAGUGUACAGGAGAUGUCACAGUUAGAAAUUCGCAAUUUGCUGAUAGCAAAGUCGCAGAUGGAGAUCAGGAAGAAGCUCAAUGAAUGGAACAAGAAAACUGCAUUGGAGGCUUCAAUUAAAGAGAGUAAGAAGAUGGUAAAGGAAAAACCAAAUGGUGGGAAGAAAGAUGGAAAUAAAAAUGCUGCAUUUGUGGACACUAAUAAUUCAGUACAGCCCAGAAAUUCUUCCCUUGUCACUUCUAAUAUUGAUUUCAAUGAAAAGGCUGCUGAAACCAAGUCAAUGAGUGUUCUAGAUCCAGAUUUUUAUGAGUUUGAUAAGGAUCGGGCAGAGGAAUCCUUCGGUGAAAACCAAGUUUGGGCUGCCUAUGAUGAUGAUGAUGGCAUGCCUCGGUAUUAUGCUUUAAUUCAUAAUUUGAUAUCUACGAAGCCCUUCGAGGUGCAGAUUAGUUGGCUGAACUCUAAAAGUAAUGCUGAACUGGGCCCUCUAAAUUGGAUUGGAUCUGGCUUUUCCAAGACUAGUGGGGAUUUCAGGGUAGGCAAGCAUGUAAUCUUUAGCAAUCUCAAUUCCUUCUCGCACAGGGUCAAGUGGAUGAAAGGCAAAAGAGGGGUCAUUCAAAUUUUUCCCAGAAAGGGAGACAUUUGGGCUCUUUACAGUAACUGGUCUCCCGAUUGGAAUGUUCUUACACCAAAUGAGGUGAUACACAAAUAUGAUGUGGUAGAAGUGCUUGAAGAUUAUAACAAGGAGCGAGGUGUAGUUGUAGCUCCACUAGUUAAAGUUGCUGGCUUCAAGUCAGUGUUUCACCAAAAUUUGGACCUGCGAGAAGUGAAGACAAUUCCAAGAGAGGAAAUGUUUCGUUUCUCUCAUCAGGUCCCUUCUUACAUGCUCACAGAUCAAGAAGCUAAAAAUGCUCCCAAGGGUUGCCGGGAGCUUGACACUGCAGCUAUACCUUCAGAACUUCUCAAGGUCAUUGCAGAAGCCAAGGAGGUAGAAACAGUGGAGAAAGCUAAAAAGGCUACCAAAGAGGAUGAUGGGGUGGAGAGUUUCGGAAAAGCUAAGGAAGACUUGGAUUUGGAGGAGAGUGGCAAAAGCACUGCACAGGAAGGGAUGAUUGAAGAUUUCAAAAAUAUCGACACAAAAGCAAAGUCAAGCAAUGCAAAGGAAUCCGAGGAAGAAGAGAUUGUGAAGGAUACCAAUGAAGGACGAAGCCAAGGAACAAACAAAGCUAAGAGAGGGUGAAAAAUACCAAGGAAGCCAAGGAAUAAACAAGGCUGCUUUGUGGUAAGUAAUCACCAGUUCCGGUUUUCUUUUAAUCUACAAUGGUUGGGUAGAAUAGAAUUAGAAAUCUGAAAAUCACCCACAUUAGGUAGUUGUAAGAUUCUAUGCUCUCUUUUCUUUUCUUUUCUUUUUUUCCUCUUUUUUUUUUUUUUUUCCCUUUUUCUUUUCAAUCUCGGCAGUCAAACAAUGUUUUUCCCAAAGCCCUUAACAAUACUGAAACUGAUCCAGCAGUGUUCGCAGUCACUGCUUUAUAGUUUUGGAGACCCUACAGUUUUCUUUUGAAGUCACGACUCUUUUCUACUAGUUAAAAGACAGUUUGGAAGGGGUACUUACAUGGCAUACAGAGUUUGUGGAAGCUUAACAGCUGAAUCUUUGUUAAGCUUAGCCCAUGCAGUAUGUAAUACCUUAUUUGCUUGAUUUGUGUUCUGAUACUCCGCCUGAUUUGCUUGGUUGCUGAAUAUUUGUGUUUCUAAGUGGUCCUGUCCUGUGACCAUCAAGGAAUGGCUUUGGAUGUUCAAACUGACCAUACAAUAUGAGGGCUUUUCGGCUGGUCACUAUUUGUGUUGUAAGACAGAGAAGGUUCAUAGGUAUA